AUGAAUGGUACUCAGGAUUGUGAAACGAAUGUGAUGAACGGCAACGUGAAAAUGAAAAUAAGAGUGGAGAAGAACGAGAAGAAUGUGGAGACCAGACUGGAGAAGAACGAGAAGGAUGUGACCAGACUGGAGGAGAACGAGAAGCACUUAGAGACCAGACUGAAGAAGAGCGAGAAGGAUGUGAAGGAGCUGAGAGGCCUUAUUGGAGGUCAGCCUCGGGUGGCCUUCUCUGCCGCUCUCAUGACCUCUGGUGCUGGACUCAUUGGACGUUUCACUGUGGACACUACUCUCAAGUAUCAGAGAGUCUUCUCCAACACCGGCAGUUGUUACAAUCCUUCAACAGGUGUGUUCACAGCGCAGGCCAAAGGAAUGUACUACUUCCGGUUCUCUGCGUUCAACAACUCGGUUCUUCCUAAGGGUGUGAGAUCGAUUGUGAGCCUGAUGAAAAAUGGUGAGCAGCUGGUGUCCGUCUGGGACGAAAAGUCGUCAGACCCCCACGACAUGGGCAGUAACGCCGCAGUGAUCGCCUUGGAGAGCGGAGACAAGGUCUCCGUGAAACUCCACGCCCACACAGCUGUCUACGAUGACGGCAUGAACUACAACAGCUUCAGUGGCUUCCUGCUCUUCACCAUGUAGAUCCGAACAGCAUGCAUUUAACCCGGGCCACAUACUAAUGUGUCUCUUAAAGUAAAAACACGGGCAGUUCUUUUUCCUCCUUUGGAUGAAUGCAAAAUUAACACUAUACUAUGGUUCCGGGUUUGCAAAUAAAAUGUUCUGGGUUUCUCUGUAAUGACUAAUAGGUAGUAUACCUGUGUCUCCUCCUCUGUAAUGCCUAUACUCUGUCUCCAUAUAAUGACACUUGAAUAAAAUG